AUGCCAACUGAACGUGAUGGUGGUAAUUGUCUUCGUGUUUCUGUUUCCAUCUUUUCGAUCUAUUACUGGGCCUCGGCGCUUGCUCACAUCUUCCUAGGUCUCUGGAUGUUUCUGGAUCCCAAAAGAAACUAUAUCCUCGAUCUCGUCCACUUCUCAGAGAAUGACCCCUUAUUGAAAGCUUCUUGCUAUGUUGCUGUUUGUACUGGUUGUGCACAGCUCCUCGUCGGUUUUCUAGGGCUUUGCGGUGCUGUAAAUCGCAACAAAUUUCUGCUCUACAUGUUUUCCAUUUUUGUCAUUUUAACAUUCCUCUGCGAUGUUGCUAUAGGGACCCUCUCAUUGGUUUACAAAAACAAGUUUUCUAACAAUUACAUGGAGACUUACUUGAAAAAUCUAACCUAUAAUCGUUAUUCGCGUGAUCGCUGGGUUCAACCAUUAAUGGAUACUGUACAAUUCUAUAUAAACCCUGUUCGCGAAAAUCUUCGCGAGAUUGUCAAAACAAAGUAUGGGGUUUCAUUGGAAGUUGAGGAGCAUCGACGGGUCACUGAAUUUAUUGAUAAACUUCAAUUUUACGAAAGAUGUUGUGGCUCGUUGGGCCCGACCGACUUUAUCGGAAGCAGAUGGUCUGAGUUUGUAAAUGUUGAAACAUUUGAAGACGCUGAGAACGCGCUGUUCCCAGUAUCGUGUUGUACUCAAAUAGUGGGAGCUUCAGCUUUAAACCCUUUAGCGAAAAGUUUUGCAAGAUGCCAGCAAAUUGGCGCAAGUAGACAAUGGCGUCACGCGGUGCAUCAAUGUUGCGGCGGAGAGAGUCCGCUCGACUAUAAGGACUCAUUUUGGUAUAUCACUAACACGAUUAGAGGUACAAGAUCAUAUGUUCCGCCGUCAUGCUGCAAACAAUCGCAAUCCGGAAGAGCUUGGGGACCGAUUCCCAUUGAUCCGAUGUGCACCACGUAUCGCUAUGAGUCGACGGCUUUUCAGAAUGCAGUGAACGUUGAAGGUUGCCAUGAUAAGCUUCAAUCUUGGUUUAACGAGCAAAUAUGGAUUUUCGUUGGAUUUGGCUUUGCCUCCGCUCUCACUAUGAUGAUCGGCAUUUGUCUCUCCUGUUGCUUGAUAUCCAAGAUUCGUACCUACUUUUACAUCAAGGAAGAUUAUUGA